UCCAGUCUACUAUAUGGCACUCUCUCAAUUGUUCACUACAUCAUCAUCGUCAUUUUCAAUAUUUUCCCACAUUGACUAUAAAUACCUAACUGACUUUGGUCAUAGGUAUCAAUCAAUCUUAAGCCUUUGUUCAAGCAACAGUCACAGACAAACAAAUCCAAACACUUCAAUAUGUUCAAAUACGCCGUUGUUCUUUUCGCUCUAAUCGCUUGUGCAUCCGCCAAACCAGGAAUCCUUGCUGCUGCUCCCCUGGCUUACGCUGCUCCCUCCGCUGUUGUUACCGCCACCAGUAGCCAGGUGAUCGCUCGCAACUACAAUGGCAUCGCCGCUGCUCCAUUUGUCGCCGCCACCCCUGUAGCCGCCCCUCUAGUAACGCGUUAUGCUGCCGCUGCCCCUCUGGCCGCACCAUUUGUUGCUGCACAGUACGCCGCCGCUCCUUUGGCUGCUCAUUAUGCUGCGCCCCAACUUCUGUGGUGAAAAGUGUAUCGAAUUGAAUCUUGCCAAACGAAUCAAUAAACUUAGCAUAAAUAAUUAA